AUGCCUUCCUACAAGCUUUUCGGCAGUGCCAUUGCACUUGCCAGCUACGUGAUCGCGCAAGGUGAGGUCUCGUCUAAAGUUGUCUGCGAUGCGGAAACCAAGAUCUGUUAUUCGUCGUACUCGAACGCAGCGUCCGGAUUGACCUUUGGGGUUGCUCUCCCGAAAACCGUUACCGAUCCCUAUGAUGCCAUUAUCAAAAUCACCGCCCCGGUCAACCAUACGUGGGCCGGUUUUGCCUGGGGUGGCCAGAUGGUGUGGAAUCCGCUUACUGUUGCCUGGCCAAACGGGAACUCCGGCGUUGCAUCAGCACGCUUUGCCUACUCCAUCAGUUUGCCCCAAGGUUAUGACGGUGCCGAGCAUACUCUGUUGAAGGGUACCACCAAGAACAGCACACACUGGACAAUCAAUGCGCUUUGCAAAGGUUGCACUGGCUGGCAAGAUGUCGACGAGAAUCGAUAUGUUCUGAAUGCUACGGGAACUACCCAGUUUGCGUGGGCAUUCGGCACCUCUGCCGUGGAGAACCCUGCCCGGAACGACUCUGCGUUCAAUGUACAUGCCGAUGUUGGGCACUGGACCCAUGAUCUGAAUGCCGCUCGCAUUGACAACUUUGAUCAGUUGGUGAAGAGCAAUCUGUUACUGACAACACCUACAGCUAGCGCCACCGUCAUUCCUCCUGCGAACACCGUUACUUCCAGUGUCAGGUCAACCGGCACCACCAAUGCUGGUGCAGCCAUCCCCGCUUCGUGCUCCGGUGCUGGCACCCCUUCGUACCCUGGUACUCUAGCUAGUGGGUGGAAGGCCACUAAGGUCGCUGGAGGGUUGACGCUUCCUCGUAGCAUCAAGUUUGAUGACAAGGGAAACAUGCUGGUGGUACAGGCUGGGAAGGGUAUCUCAUACCACGUUGUGGGUACUGACGGAUGCAUCACUUCUACCAAAAUGCUGGUCUCGUUAAACAGUCUAAACCACGGCAUUGCUCUGAGUGCCGACGGUAAGACCUUGUACGCCAGCUCCAUGACGCAGGCCUUCUCGUGGCCUUAUGAUUCCGCCGCUGCAACGGUAGGCACGCGCUCUACUGUCAUCACUGGCAUGGUCAAUGGUGGCUCGCACUUGACCCGCACGCUCGAAAUCGCACCGCACGCGCCCAAUCUUCUAAUCGUAUCUCAUGGUUCGAACUCGAACAUCGAUACCGCCACUUCCAACCCGUCCACCGGACGCGCCAUCAUCAAGGUCUUCGACCUCAGCAAACUCCCCAGCGGAGGAUAUAACUACGUCUCUGGAGGCUACACCGCCGGUUACGGCCAGCGCAACGAAGUCGGCAUCUGCUGGGAUGUGAACAACCAGCUAUGGGGCGUUGAAAACAGCGGCGACCAAUUCACCCGCAAUGGCAAAGACGUGCACAACAACAACCCGGGCGAGAAAAUCCACUUCAUGGGCGAUGUGACCAAGCCCAACAACAAUUGGUAUGGCUACCCUUCAUGCUUCACCGUCUGGCAGCCCUCCGAUUUCACCGACAAGCAAUUCAAAGUCGGCGACUGGUUCGUGCAGACCCCCUCCACCUCCAUGAACGACGACACCUGCGAGCAGAAAGCCACCAAGCCCGCACUGACCCUGUUCCCGCAUUCCGCGCCCAUUGACUGCAAGUUCAACGCCGACAACUCCAAGAUGUUUAUCACGUAUCACGGGAGCUGGAACCGCAGCCCUACCACGGGGUUCAAGCUUGUCGCGGUGGACUUUAAGAAGGAUGCGAAUGGCACGGUUGUCCCCGUGGAGCCGCUGACGAGUAACUCCGCCGCGAAGGAUAUUUUUGCCAAUCCGGACGUUACGCGGUGUGCGGGCAAUGGGCCGAGUGCAAGUUCCGGUUGCUUUAGGCCGGCGGGGCUAGCGUUUGAUAAGAGUGGGAGGCUGUACAUGACGAGUGAUGUGAGCAAUGGGGAGCUUUGGGUGUUGGGACAGGCAUAG